UACUGCCGCCAACGGUUAUCGAGCUGAAAGUGAGCGCGUGUCGAGCUUUUUUGGUGCCCAGUUGUUUGGGCCAGCUUCGUGGGCGACUGGAUUGGCAGCAAACAUAAACAAACGAAGUGCGAAAUUGCUCGGAAAUCAGCUAAUUGACACAACGGACAUGCGAGGGCCAGACUUUGGCCAAAUUUGGCCUGGCCAAAAAGGAAGCGGAAGUACUGCGGCCGCAAAAUACAUUGUAAACUGCUAAACUGCAGGGGAAGUGUAGCGAAUAGUGUGCGAAUGGAAGUCGAGUAAAAAUCAAGCAACUCGAAUAGAUAUAUAUAUCUUUAUAUCCCUGCGGGAGUCGCUCCCCUGUGUCUGUGUGCCGGUGUGUAUUUGUGUGUGUGUGUGCCAGGAGUUGGGCUGGGCAAAUAAGUGCUCGUGCUCAGCUUUUUUAGCCAGUUUAUCUUAAGGCGAAAUACUGUAAAAAAUUGUAAAAUGGAUUUACGUUUCGUAUUCAUCGUUUUCCUGCUCAAGUGGACCCAUGCACAAGGAUCCCAUCCGCCGCGGAUAGUGGAGCAUCCCAUAGAUACGACAGUGCCGCGACACGAGCCAGCCACGCUUAAUUGCAAAGCCGAGGGCAGCCCCACGCCCACCAUCCAGUGGUACAAGGAUGGGGUGCCCCUGAAGAUCCUGCCGGGCUCCCACCGCAUCACCCUGCCAGCCGGCGGAUUGUUUUUCCUCAAGGUUGUCAAUUCACGUCGCGAAACAGAUGCGGGCAUCUACUGGUGCGAGGCGAAGAACGAACUGGGCGUGGCAAGGAGUCGGAACGCCACGUUGCAAGUGGCGGUUCUCCGCGAUGAGUUCCGCCUGGAGCCGCAGAACACACGGAUCGCCCAGGGCGAUACCGCCCUCCUCGAGUGCGCCGCCCCUCGGGGAAUCCCCGAGCCCACAGUCACCUGGAAGAAGGGCGGCCAGAAAUUGGAUUUGGAGGGCUCGAAGCGAGUACGCAUCGUUGACGGCGGCAAUUUGGCCAUCCAGGAUGCCCGACAGACUGACGAGGGUCAGUACCAGUGCAUAGCCAAGAAUCCUGUCGGGGUGCGCGAGUCCUCGUUGGCUACACUCAAAGUGCACGUCAAGCCGUACAUCAUCCGGGGUCCGCACGAUCAAACGGUUUUGGAGGGCGCCUCGGUGACCUUUCCCUGUCGAGUGGGUGGUGACCCCAUGCCGGACGUACUCUGGCUGCGAACCGCCUCGGGUGGCAACAUGCCAUUGGAUCGCGUGAGUGUCCUGGAGGAUCGGAGUCUGCGACUGGAGAGGGUCACCAUUGCGGAUGAAGGCGAGUACAGUUGCGAGGCGGACAAUGUUGUGGGCGCCAUCACCGCGAUGGGAACUUUGACUGUUUACGCCCCCCCGAAAUUCAUCCAACGUCCUGCGAGCAAAUCCGUGGAACUCGGCGCCGACACAUCGUUCGAGUGUCGAGCUAUAGGAAACCCAAAGCCCACCAUCUUCUGGACCAUCAAGAACAACAGCACGCUGAUAUUUCCCGGAGCCCCGCCCUUGGAUCGCUUUCAUAGCCUCAACACUGAGGAAGGUCACUCGAUACUCACGUUGACCAGGUUCCAGAGAACGGACAAGGAUCUGGUCAUCCUGUGCAACGCCAUGAACGAGGUGGCCAGCAUUACCUCAAGGGUGCAGCUAAGCCUGGACUCUCAAGAGGAUCGACCACCGCCGAUCAUAAUCUCCGGUCCGGUUAAUCAAACCCUACCCAUCAAGUCCCUGGCCACACUUCAGUGCAAGGCCAUCGGUUUGCCCAGUCCCACUAUUUCCUGGUAUCGCGAUGGAAUACCAGUGCAACCCAGUUCCAAGCUGAACAUUACCACAUCCGGGGACUUGAUAAUAUCGGACCUCGAUCGACAACAGGAUCAAGGCCUAUACACCUGCGUGGCCAGCUCGCGGGCUGGAAAGUCCACUUGGAGUGGUUUCCUCCGGAUAGAGUUGCCAACCAAUCCGAAUAUUAAGUUCUACAGAGCCCCGGAGCAGACUAAGUGUCCCAGUGCUCCAGGGCAACCGAAAAUUCUGAACGCCACUGCCUCGGCACUGACCAUUGUUUGGCCAACCAGUGACAAGGCGGGAGCAUCGUCAUUCCUAGGGUACAGUGUGGAAAUGUACUGCACCAAUCAGAGCAGGACUUGGAUACCCAUUGCAUCGCGUUUGAGUGAGCCGAUUUUCACGGUCGAGAGUUUGACGCAGGGAGCGGCUUACAUGUUCAUUGUUCGAGCGGAAAACUCACUGGGCUUCUCGCCACCCUCCCCCAUAUCGGAACCCAUUACGGCGGGAAAACUUGUGGGCGUGCGGGAUGGUAGUGAAAGCACCGGGACCUCACAGCUCCUCCUCAGCGAUGUGGAGACCUUGCUGCAGGCCAACGAUGUUGUGGAGCUACUGGAGGCCAAUGCCAGUGAUUCGACGACCGCUCGACUGUCUUGGGACAUAGAUAGUGGUCAGUACAUCGAGGGCUUCUAUCUGUACGCCCGGGAACUGCACUCCUCCGAGUACAAAAUGGUUACACUGCUCAACAAGGGUCAGGGGCUGAGCUCCUGUACGGUGCCUGGACUGGCGAAGGCCUCCACAUACGAGUUUUUUCUUGUGCCAUUUUACAAGAGCAUCGUAGGCAAGCCCUCGAACUCGCGACGCAUGAGAACUUUGGAAGAUGUUCCGGAGGCACCACCUUAUGGCAUGGAAGCCAUUCAAUUCAAUCGCACCUCGGUCUUCUUGAAGUGGUUACCUCCACAACCAAAUCGGACUCGCAACGGCAUCCUCACCAGCUACAAUGUGGUCGUCAAAGGCCUGGACGUGCACAAUACGACGCGGAUAUUCAAAAAUAUGACCAUAGACGCGGCCGCGCCCACCCUGCUCCUGGCCAACCUCACCACAGGAGUCACCUACUAUAUCGCAGUGGCGGCUGCCACGCGGGUGGGAGUCGGACCCUUCAGCAAGCCUGCCGUGCUCCGCAUCGAUGCACGCACCCAAUCCCUGGACACUGGCUACACGAGAUACCCCAUCAGUCGUGAUAUUGCCGAUGACUUUUUAACGCAGACCUGGUUUAUCGUCCUGCUGGGCUCCAUCAUUGCCAUAAUUGUGUUUCUAUUGGGCGCAUUGGUUCUAUUCAAGCGCUACCAAUUUAUCAAGCAGACCUCGCUGGGCAGUUUACAUGGCAAUCACGCAAUCGGAACCGUGCGAAAGUUUCCAACAUUGCCGCUAAAUGGAGGCGGAGCCGUCGGUGCCGGUGGCUCAAAUUCGACAGCCGCAGCUGGGCAGAGUGGCCAUGGCCUGUGGAUCGAUCCCACCAGCGGCGUUUGGCGACAGGCAGCGGGUGGCGGCAAUCCUGGCGGAGUGGGCUCGUGUACGACAAAGGAGCAACUUCCGGGAUACGCACAGGCCACCGCCCAACAAGGACAACAGCCCACGCUGCUACCCGAUUACGAGAGACUAUCACCGCUGAAUAUGCCCGAUUACGCGGAAGUCGCCUGCUCGACAUUCAAAAGCCCCACACACGGAGCACCGCCGAUGGGUGGUGGUGGUGGUGGCCAGUCGGCCUCCCUGUACGACAGCUGUGGGGCCUACGCUACCACCAAUGUGGUGGCCAAUGUAAAGCUCUACCAGAACCGCUAUGCGACAAAGCCGAACCAGAGCAGCGGCAGCAAUAACAACAAUCACCAGGGCAAUGACUACCAGUCGACCGGGAUGUACUCCGCUCCACCGAGCGCCCACUACGGAUGCUUGGAGCCAAAGCAGCAGCAGCAGCAGCAGCAGCCCAAUCUGAUGACCACCUCCACGGCCAGCACGGCCAUCUUGACGAACUCGCCGGCCAAGGUGAAGAAGAUCAACAUAACCGAGAACAAAAUGGAUCAGCUGGAGGGCAAGUCGGAGCGGACGAACCCGUUCAACCAGCAGCAGCAGCUCCUCCUGGCCAGCAACGCCCUGAAGCAGGGACUGGGCGCCUAUGCCAACACCACCUUGGCGGCUCAGAUGGCCAGUGGAGGUGGAGCGGGCACCUUGAGGCGCCAGCGUCAGCCGAAGACGCUUUACAAAAGCGAAAACAAUAUACUGGGCAAGUCUGGUCUGCGGCAGAACACCAUGAAUGCGAGUGUAGGUGCUCCCAGCAACGGGCAGAUGGACUUCCUGACCGGCGGUCCUCCGUCGGAGGGCGGAGACUUCUCCGGACUGGGCCUCUGCAACUCCACCAACCAGCUGCUUAACGACUGGGCAUCCAGUGCCUCGAUCGCAGCUCCAGGGGAUUAUCAUUUCGGCAGCAAGCAGCCCAGCAAGCAGCACCUCUACGUGAAGGCCAAGGAUGGCACCUGGUCGGCCGUCAGUUCGGAUGCCUAUCAGUCCUUCAAGCAUCAGCAGCAGCACCAUCCCUUCCUGGCAGGAUCAGCAAGGACAAUUUGGCGGCGACACAGUUGUGCCUACAUGAUACUGGACAAUUCGAUGGAUUUUGUGAUUUGAAUUCAUUCGCUCGCCGUGCUUGUGGGCGGAAAAUUCAGGUAAGCCAACUAUUCUGCGGCCUGUCCACAAAACUUUUCACUGAUUUUCGGGGAGCGGUGAAAGUGCGAGUAGUCGUAUUUUUCCCGCCAACCGAACGACCGACCAGCUAAUUAAUUAUGCACUUUGCCCGCCAGACCCAAAUCCCAAUUUGUCCUACAAAAUCAUUAAUGCAGGGCUCCCUAAUGAGGCAUUGUCCUUUUCCGCCGAAACCCAUGCAUUUCAAUAAAACAUUUGCAAUUGCGAAUUCACGAUAAACAGAAUUAUUUUAGAUUGCUGUCUCACUUUGUUUGCCAUUGAUUUUUUAUUGCUCGUUUUUGAAUUGCCAGCAUUGUUGCAAAUUGUUGCUGACAGUUUAUGAUGUCUGUUUUUGUUGUCCAUAGACCAGCGCUUUGAAAUUAAAACCAAACGAGGCUUUAAAAAAAAUAAUGCACUCAUGUUUGCAUGGGGAGAAGUCAAAUGAAAUGAAUAUCAAUUUGAUUAAAUGAAGCGUAAUGUUUUUCAACUUUUUAUCACCAUGGCUCGAUGAAAUGCAGAGUACAGCUUAAAAUGCUUAAAAUGAGUAAUAAAAUAAUAUAUAGUUUAAGUCGCAGUAGUAGGAUGAGCUUUAAAGGUUAUUAGACAAACGCUUUGAAGUUCAUUUAAAAUAUUGCAAGUAAAUGUUUUAGACAGUGAUUCUAACUGCUCGUAUCUUUAGUUUGGCUAGUUUCCUUGAAUGGAAUCCCCAGUUGUUUCACAUUUCCCUGGGAAAUUCGGAUCUUUAACUGCAAUGUCGGCUUAUUACCCUUAGAUGAACUUUAAGCUUUUGCCGCUCGAGCAGCACCAGCUGCACUGGAUGCCCAAAUGCCCAGGAUAAUGUAUCAGUGACCAGGCCCACACCAUUAGCUUCGACACCCCGAAUGGAUGCCCUCCAAUAUCUCCGUUCCCCCAUAGCUCCACAUCCCCAUUUUCCGAUUUCCACAUCGCAACCCACGCACAUCGCAUCUCCAGCCGACUGGCCAGGCCUAAACUACAAAUAGCCUUGGUGUCCGAAACACUGGCUACCGAUUGCCAUUGCCACUGGCCAGCCGAUAAAUAAGCCCGAAUUUAUCAUGAACACGGAGCGGAGCACACAUUCUCCGGACUGUCCCAUAUAUCGUGGGACUAUAAUAGCAGUGGCAGCCUCAUAAUUUUUGGCACCAAAUUGCCCGAUAGGCGUUGAAGCGUUCAAUUGAAUGUCGUCUAGCCGAGGAGGACCUUUCCUUGGACCAUGUCCAUCCACGCCCACUCUGCUCGCCCCGCCCAACUAUUGUAUAAUCAAAACUAAUGGUCUAUAAAGAAUCAAUUCUCAAUUUGUUUAGCCAGCUGCUGCCCGUUCGAAUCCGAGCCGAGGACACGAGCGAACAGGACAAUGACACAGGAUAAUGCUGCAAAACGCUCGCUUCCAUUGCGCCAACUAAAAGUUUUCACUUCCCUUCGAUUUUCCCCGCUUUUCCGGCCCCUUGUGUGUGUAACACAUGCGACGAAU